GUGCACGCUUCAGUACGACGCCGACCGUCGCCGGGUGAAGUGUAGCGUGUCGUGAAGCGUGCUCCGAAAACCGGUCAAUCGACGAUAUUCACACAUUCAAUUGACAUCGACAUACCGGGAAGAAAAAUCGACAGACAGCAUAAAUCAGCAAAUUUUUUGGAAAGAAAAAAACAAGUGCUCGAACAGACCGACGAGUGAACCGCGGUAAAUCUGUCUACACGGACAUCGGAUAAAGAAACCAGAAACAAUGCCGGACACAUUCAAGUCCGACGACAACGACGUAAUUUAUAAAGAUGUUGUCAUCAUAGGAAACGGGCCCAGUGGAAUAUGCUUGUCAUAUAUGCUCGCCGGGAACUGGCCUUACUACACCGGCGAGCCUCAUCCCUGCGACGAGAUGCUGACGGCGCGAUUACGGUUCUACGCGACAAACACUGGCAGCGAGGAGUGCGGUGACACGCCGGACGACGCAAACAUCGAUGCGACCACCAACAACCGGCGUCACAAGUCGCAGUGUUCCAAAUCCGGCAGGACGCAGAAAGACGGAUUGGCGCAUAGUACGCGCAAAAAACUCGAAUGCCUGUCUUCCGGCAUCGAGGGUAGGGGCGGCGGUCGACCUUUAGCCUUGCUCAUGGACCAGUUGCAGCAUCCGUGCGUCGAUGCCGGCUUCGAUGUGGCCUCGCUUCUCAACUGGAAGUCCGCUGCCGAGCAUUCCGAGCACAGAAUCGUGGAGCACGUUGUUCUUGGCAAGGGCCAGCCUGGCGGCGCCUGGCAGUCCAUGGACCCCAAUGUGCUGACUCUCAGUUUGAGCCGAUGGAUGUCCCUUCCCGACUUGGAUCUGAGGCAGUGGAAAAAACUCGUCGAGGCCGAACGAUUGCAAAAGUCAGUUAUAACGGCGAAGAGCGAUAUGUAUAUGCCAGGAAAACUAAGUGUUUGUAAGGCGUCCAGCCGAGUGUCCGUAGGUGUCGUAGCUGCUUAUUACAAAGAUUACGUGCGCAGGAAAGGCUUGAAGCAAUACUUCCGAAGCGGGACCACAGUUACUUCGGUAAGAUCGGACACGAAAUCAUCCGACAGUAAAAGAGGGUACAAAUGGAUCGUGGACGGAUAUGAGAACAGAAGCGGAAAGCGAUUUCGGUAUCGGUGUAAAAAGGCGGUCCUCGCAACCGGCACAACCGAUCUGUCGAAUCACCUAGGCAUUCCAGGGGAGAACACACACCCCAACUGGGUAACGCACGAUCUCAACGAUCUGGAAACUCAAUUGGAACAUUUGGCCAAAGAACGUGGCAAAAGUUCCGAUAAACAAACGCAACCUGUGUUGGUGAUCGGCGCUGGUCUGAGCGCAGCUGACGCGAUUAUGGCCGCGCGUUUCCGCGGUAUACCCGUGCUUCACGCAUUCCGCAAUUCGUCGAGUGAGUGGGGCAAGGAGAGCACCGAGAAGAUAACUACCAGUUACGAUCGAUUGCAAUCGUUGCCGAGUUCCAUAUAUCCAGAAUACCACAAGGUGUACGAGAUGAUGGCUGACGGAGGUACAAAUUAUCCUUUGUAUAAGUCACUGCCGGGAUACACGCUCGUCAGUCUUGGCGGGGAUUGCAAGGAUGAAAACAUGAAUACAGGAAGAUUAGUCAUUCUUUCUGCUCCCGACGGUCAGCUGCACACGUUUGAAGUGUCGUUUGCGGCUAUUCUCAUCGGAUACAAAGCAGACCUAUCGUAUUUAGAAGGCGGCGGUGUGGGACUAGGUAAACUCGCGGACAAGCCGAUCGACAGCAAAUCAAAUCCGAUCGAAAUCGACAAUUUUACGUAUGAGGUAACUAAGGCACCAAUGAAGGGACUUUACGCAUUGGGGCCUCUAGUAGGUGACAACUUUGUCCGCUUCGUUCUGGGUGGUGCGUUUGGGAUUCUAGCGCACAUCCUGUGUACCACGAAUACUGAGAGAUCUGAUAGCUAUCCUCGCGAACCGAUCGUGUCUUAGCAAAAGUUGUUUUAUAUAUCGAUGUAUUAACAAUGGAAUCGUGUGGCUUCUACUGCUCAAUUUGUGUGAAUAGAAAGAUUACUGCUUAAUUCUUAAUAUUUACAGAGGAUCCACUCGGUAAAUCUGUUUGUAUAUAUUGUUGAAAUUAUUUUUAUAUUGCUUUCUAUAUAUAAACCUUCGCUAGACAGCCAGUUUUAAAUGUAUAUUACUAAUUGUUUUAUCGAAAUAUUUUCUAUCUUUUAAUGAAGGUUAAAGGCGAAGGAAUUGUUACUUAUCAUGUUUACUUAUGAAGUAGUAAUAGUAUACACAAUGUGUGGAAGAAGAUGAUAAUUCAAAUGCUACUUAGAUCUAUUUUAGAUCUGUUCGCGCUUAUUAACAUUCCAUUUGAUUAGGAGGAUAGUAGCUAUGAUUUACAUAAUUUACCAUCUAAAAUCGAUAAUUGUGUCACUGAUAAAUAUCCUUUGUACAAAUGUCCUCCUUGUAGAGUGUAUAUAUAAACUGGUGGAAAUUAGUUUAUAUCGUAAAUGAGAUUGUACCAUAAAGAAACGAGCAACACAACGAAACUCUUGAUAUUAUUCAAUAUGUACAAUAAGGAUUGAUUUAUAUUUACUUUUUUUUAAAUGUUUUUUUAACGCGUAUUUAUUUAUAUACAAAUUAGAAAUGGUUUUAAUUGUUUUUUUUUGGGAUUCUAUAUUCAUGUAUUCCAAUCAAUGGCCGAACAAUUGUGCUAAUCUAAACGCACAAGCAUUUUGUUAUUUUAAUUAUUUUUUUUAUUAUUUUUAUUAUUGUUUUUUAAUAAUCUGUAAAAGUAAAAAAAUAUAAAGUAAAUUAUCAUGGUUAGUUUUUAAAUAGCAGUGUCUUUAAUCCGCCAUAAUAUACCUCUACAUCUCUUAUUAAUAAACUGUGAUUAUUUUAGCAAAAUAGCCCAGUAACUCUCUGUUAUUAACAUAAGAUAUACAUCGAUAAUAUACCUUUUUAGUACAAAACCAUUAUAAAUUUAUUCUACUUAAUGACGUUUAUCUAUACUUAAUUUACAAGCAGCGCACCUUAAUGUUUAUAGUUUGUGCGUUUUCAGGCAGUGCAUAAAUAUAUAUAAUUAUAUGUUGAUUGAUUUUAAAAGAAAAAUUAGAAAAAAAAGAAAUGUAC